GUAAUUGAAAUUCGGCCUUCUGAACAUUAGAAAUUCUUUUUGUAGCUAAUCGCCGUGAAAAUUCAUGAUCAAUCAUUUAUAUAAUAACAUAUAACAAUGUAUCCACUAUUAUAAAGAAUAUCUUUUUGAUUGUCACGAGAAAAUAGUUCAAAUCAGUCCAUCUCUUCAGCUACUCGUUUCAGCAUCUGCCUAAUGCAAGAAACAUAUUAAGAUGGCCUCUGCAAUAAUCUUCACGUUUAUAUGUAUCUGUCUGAUUCUAUUUGCGCGUUGUGAAGAGAGAUUUGUCUCAAAUGUCCUUGAUAAAACAAGGUCAUCCUGCCCAGAUUUGGCUAAGAAAGUCUACACAGUCACAAGUGAAAUGCAGUGCAUUCACAGAUGUAUGAGGAACAAAGAUUGCAGCACGAUAAACUACAGAACUGAGAAUGACGUCACAGAAAACUGUGAAGUGUUCCUUGGUGGCCAUUGCGCGAAAAGACAGUGCUCGAGGAAUUGGAAAACUAUUGUUAUUAAGAGCGAAUUGUUCCCAGUUACUAAAGUUUUCAAGAGCUGCAGAGAAGUCUUCUUGGAAAAAGAAAAUGCAGCAUCUGGAGUAUAUGAUUUGGAGUCAGGCCGUCAUUUCUGCAACAUGAGUGAGAUUCCAAAUUGCGGAGGAGGUGGAUGGACACUUGCGAUGAAAAUUGAUGGAACAAAGGUCACAUUUUCUACUGGAUCAGUAUAUUGGUCAAAUGAUGAAGUUUAUAAUACGGAGUUGGGGAUCAAAUCCUUCUAUGAAAACGAAGCAAAGUUCCCUGCCUUCAGCAAUGUGGCAUUUGACGAGAUCUGCAUUGGUAUGAGGGCAUCAUCUGUUGUGAAUUGGCUGCGUUUACCAGUAAAUAGUUCCUCCCUGCUUGCUAUUUUCAAACCGGCUACCUAUAUACAAACCAACCUUGGGAGGUCGGCUUGGAAAAACUUGCUUCUAUCAUCUUCAAUGCAAUUCAAUUGCAAUCGCGAAGGAAUCAAUGUGAAGACCGAUGGAGGGGAUAUUAUGGCAAGAAUUGGUCUCAUUGCUAACAAUGAAGAUGAUUGUGCUUCUCCUGACUCGUUCUUUGGAUUAGGGAUUGCAUCCACCAUAUGUGGCAAUGAAGCACUACACAGUCCAAAUGUUGACGAUGGCCAAGUAAGAAUCGAAGCCAUGGGCUUUGUUCUGAUCAAAUGAACAUAAAUCUGAUCUAAGACAGUUAGGAACAGUUUACUGCAUCAAAGUUUUUUUCAUUUUUUACCAAACUUAGCUCAUGGUGAAAAUUGUUAUAUAAUUGUUGAAAAAUUUGAUAUCAAAAAGAUACCUUUAUCUAAUUAUACAUAUAAUAGUACAAAUAAUAAUUAUAAAUAUUCAAUAUUUUUUGCACUCAUUUGCUUUAAAUCGUUGUGAAUAUUAUCAUUGCAGUGGAUUUUUUUAUGAAUAUUAUUUUAUUGGCCCAGGCAACAGCCUGAUUGAUUAUAGUAGUAAGUAGGGAAGAAAUCUGAUACAUUUCGGUAGAAGAUAUAAAGGCUGGAGGAGGGAGACUGCCGCCUAAUCAGAAAAAAUUAUCAUAUUCAGUUAAAAUUUUGAAGUUAAAUGCCAAUGAAACAUUGAUAGUCGGACAAGACCCACACAAAACCCCUCCCUCCGUUACGUGAACCGUCCCCUACGCCCAUGCAUUUAGGGGUACGUUGACACUGCUCCGAAUUCGUUUCUUUCACACUGAUCUGUUUACAAAUGAGUACUAUAUGAACAUGGUUUACACGGCUCAAACAAAAAACUCUGUUGGUAGCCCAGGGGAGCUACUCAAACUUUUUAUACACGGGAAGGUCCAUCCGCAAAUAUCAAAAUUCUCUUAAAAUCACCGAAAACAAAUUUUACAGACACAAAAGUAUCAGCCAAAAAGUGCUGAUCAGACCCGAAAAUAUCAAAUUACAAAAUCUUGUUGUUGAAUACAUAUGAUACCACUAGUCACAGUGUUUUAGGCUUUAUCCUAUAAUAAUCAGUUUAAACAGAUCUGUUCUUUUAUUCAUGUUUUUGAUAUUGUUGGACCAAUUAGUAUCAAAAAGGUAUAUUGUUUAAUCGGGCAACCAAAAGUAUCAGAUCACAAAGAAAAUCAUUACCCUCAAUUAUCGAAUGGAAACCCCCGCGCAUGAAACUUUUGAACAUAGGCUUUCAGAAGGAAUGGCAUAGAAUGAAUUUAAAUCGAGAACAAAAUUUUUGUAACAACGACCUGUCCAUGGUGAAUUCUCAUUUUUGAAAUGUUUUUCAUUUGGUGUGCCAGAAAGCUCGUGCCUUGUUCCCGUUAUAAGCCUAUUUAUAUGUAUCCGUUUUUGGUGCUCACACUGAAAACUGAACAAUACGCAGCUUAUUAAAAUUUUACGUAUUCUAAUGAUUCCCUUUUCAUAACAGAGCAGUGUGAGCGGAAAGCCAAAACUGGAUUAGUUUGACUCCGUUUUCAUAUGAAAAUGAAGCAGUGUGAAAUCGGCCUAAUUCUCUGUAGGGAAUCAAAGCAAAGAUGGACUCUGAGGAUGUCAAAAUUUUAGUGGUAAAACAUGUUACGAAGAGAUUUGUAGUUAGUAAGAACCGACAGCAAAGAUAUGGCCUUUAAAUUAUCUCUCUCAAAAUAUAUCAGGUGUAGUAAGCCUUUCCAGGAAGAUCAUGGUAUUUUGAAUAUUUAUCGCUCCCCCUACAGCUACUGCAAGCAUAUGGAUUGGCAUUAAUUGUAGUUCCAUAAUCAAUGUCACAAACCUUCUGCUUAAACGUGAAGUAAAGUGAGCCCGUGGAUUGUCAAUGUAUAUAAGAAAAUAACGAUGCAUUUUAAUGCUCUUCUAAAAUAUUGUAGUUUAUUUUGAUGUAGUUCAUAAGUAUCUCAGUGUUUUCCAGCCAAUCAAUAUCUACUUGCUUUUGUGUAAAAAACGUCAAAGAUGUUUAAAGCAGUAGAGUGUCAAAAUUUUUCAAAGUUUUUAUUUUGAUUAAUUUUAACUUCCGUUGAUACGUUUAGCUGCAUUUGACUAGCUAUUGCUGUAGCAGGGUAAUAAUAUGUUUCUCAAGUUUCUGUU